AUGAAAUCCUUUCCAAAACAAAACACAAUUAAAGCUAUGUUAAGAGAAAGCAUCAAAAAAGCCAACGAAAAGUCCAAAAACGAGAGAUUUAUUGAUGCACCUUGUGUGAACUCACCAAUCUUAAGCCCAGGGAAGGAGUUAGAGACCAAAGGAGAAAUAACUAGCAAAGCUGAAAAGCUGCCGAACGUACGAUGUAUUGUUCGUGCUAGAAUACCUACUACGACAGGAACGGAAAUUUUCCUAAAUUUAUAUAAGAACGACCAAGACAACAAAGAGCAUUUAGCAAUUGUUUUUGGAAAGCAAAUUCGAUCAGAAAGCCUCGAUAGGGUUCAGGAAGGUGAAACUGAGAUGGAGCGCAUGAUUCGUGGUGCUUAUGUGGGAACAUUAUAUCCAGGAAGAAAAAGCUCAUACGUCGAUGCAAACGCUUUAGUUGCUAGUGAAGAAAAGAAGGAGGAGGUUAGAAAGAAAAAUUUUACGCCAUUAGUACGGAUCCAUUCAGAGUGCUACACUGGUGAAACAGCUUGGUCCGCUCGCUGCGAUUGUGGAGAACAAUUGGAUGAGGCUGCUCGUCUCAUUAGUGAAGAAGGGGAUGGUAUAAUUAUUUAUCUGAGACAAGAGGGUCGAGGCAUUGGAUUGUCUGAAAAAUUGAAAGCAUAUAAUCUGCAAGAUCUUGGUAACGAUACUGUCCAAGCUAACCUUCUCUUACAACAUCCAGCUGACGGUCGUUCUUACGCGAUUGCAACUGCGAUGCUCUUGGAUCUUGGUCAAAGAAACAUCCGUUUACUGACAAACAACCCGGAAAAGGUUAGCAAUAUUGAAGGUCCAAACAAAGAAGUUCAAGUGGUGGAAAGGUUGUCCAUGAUUCCAAAGUCUUGGCGAGGUGAUGAGGGAGGUUUUGACAGCCCUGAAGUGGGCGCCUAUCUUCGAACCAAAAUUGAAAAAAUGGGACAUUUAUUAGAUAUACCCGACAGAUAUUAA